AUGACGACAUCGGACGAUGAAGAUCCUCAUGUUCAGAUAGCUAAACUACGUUCAGCCAAUAAACAAGCAGCUGAAUAUGGUUUAGCAUUGCUCAAUGAAAAAAGUCAAUUAGAAUUACAACAUGAAGAACUUCAAAAUCAACAAGAAUUACUUAAAUCAGAAUUAGAACAAGUAAAAACACAAUUGAAAAUUUUUCACGCUCAUAAACGUGAAGAAACAUUGAAAGGUGAAACCAAUGAAGAAACGUUAUUAAAUGAACAACAAACACGCGAAGAUUAUUUAACGAAAGAAAUAAAACGUUAUGAACACGAUCUACGCUUAUUAAAACAAGACAAUGAACGUUUACAUACAGAAAAUGAAAAAGUUCUUUCAAAAUCUCAAGAAUUUACUGAACGUUUACAUGAAUUAGAUGAACUAAAAGUUAAAUUGAAAUAUGAUUUAAAACAAAGUAAACAGCACGAGCAAAGACUUAUAGAUGCUAAUACAGAAUUAGAAGAAGACAAUGUCGGAUUACAACAACAAGUACAAAGAUUAAGAGAAAAUCUUAUUGAUUACGAUGGAUUAAAAGUUGAAAACAAGCAUUUAUUAGAAAAUAUUGAUGAUUUACACCGAAUGAUGAAAGAACUUGAAUCUUUAAAAGCCAUAUCGGAAUCUCAACUAAUUGAAUUACACAAUAAUCUUCGUGAUGAACGCGAACAAAAACACAUAUAUAAGCAACAAUUAGAUCAUCGGAUACAACAAGAAUCCCUUCGUAAUUUAGAUUCUAUCCGUAUGACAUUAAAUGCUACACAUUCAAAUGCGGAUGAUGAUUAUUUAAACAGUUGUGAGGAUGAUGAUAUUGAAAAUGAUGAAAUAAGUCGUGUUCCAUCUAUAAACGAUUACAAUGAUAAUGAUCAACAGCCCGUUGGUAAUUUAUUCAGUGAAAUUCAUGGUAAUGAAAUUCGUAAAUUAGAAGUCGAAUGUUUACAAUUAUCUCAAAUAAAAUCUGCGCUCGACAAUGAAUUGUUAACCAUAAACGAGAAAACGAAAAUUCUUUCGCAUAAAAUUCAACAUAUGAUCGAAAUAAUUCUUCCAACUAAAAAUUCUUCGAAUCAAAUCAAUUCCGACGAUACCAAUAAUCUUCUCAUAACAUCUCUUGAUUCAAUUGAACAAAUCGAUAAUAUCAUUAAUAAAAAUCUUCAUCUUUUCAAUGGCGAUCAAGAAUUGUUAAAGAAAAAAGCCGACGAACAAGAACAUGCUAUCUUUAAAUUGAAACAAGAUCUUAAUAUUAUGAUGAAACAAUCUAAUGAUACGCAAACAAUACUCGUUAAAACGAACGAUAAUUUAAUGAAUCUAAGUGAAGAAUUGGAAAAUAUUCAUUCGUAUAUAUUCACAACAACUGGCUUACCUAUUCCAUCGAGCGAUAUUCCAACUAAAAAACAACAAUUAACGAAUUCAAAUAAUAAAAUAAUUGAUUCAUCAAUCAAUGAACAUAUAUUAGAUAUUGUUCAAGAACAGACGAAACAAUUGAAACAAUCAUUCAAUAAAGUUUUAGAUAAUGUUAAACUCAAAGAACAAUCGUCAACCCAUGCAAACAUAUCAAAUAAUGAUCUACCUAAUGAUACUAGAGAAUUACAAGAUCAAAUUCUCAAGUUACGUUCAUUAUUAGCAACAAAACGCGAACAAAUUGGUACAUUGCGUACAGUACUUAAGGCUAAUAAACAAACAGCUGAAAUUGCAUUGGCUAAUCUAAAAUCGAAAUAUGAAAAUGAAAAAUUAAUUGUUACUGAAACAAUGGUGAAAUUACGCAAUGAAUUACAAUCGUUGAAAGAAGAUGCAGCUACAUUUGCAUCACUACGCGCUAUGUUUGCUGCACGCUGCGAUGAAUAUGUUACACAAUUAGAUGAACUACAAAGACAAGUUCAUGCUUCCGAAGAAGAAAAGAAAACACUUAACUCAUUGCUUCGUAUGGCUAUCGAACAAAAACUUGCAUUAACACAAAAACUCGAAGAUUUAGAAGUCGAUAAUGAACGAGAAAUUAAUCCUGUAACUGUUUCACGACGAGCAAUGAAUCCGAAUAAAAUGAAUUCUUCAUCUAUCGGACCGGAAAUGUCAACUGGAUUACUAACUAUUGCUUCGAACAAUAAUACAGUUGGUAAUCGAACUAAUAAUAAUAAUAAUAAUAAUAGCAUUGCAGCAUCGGAAGCACGACGAGGAAGAUUUAUACCGCCGCGAAUGAUGCAAGCAUUUACGGCCAGUAAAAAUCAGCAAUUACAAAAUAAACGAUAG